GUACCCGGGCCCCGUACCGUAGAUCGUUGGCAAUGCGACGCUGAAGCGCUAAUGCAGAAGCCUGAGAAGGUGCAGUGAGGCGCCACUACUGGCUGAACAACCGACAGCAGGCUUUGAUCAAGGCCAGCGCACGCUGGGCAUCACAUUGAUAUGAGCGAGCCCUCAAGCUUUUCGGUGUCGAUUUGGCCAGCUGGGCCGAGUGGCAAUGGAGUCUCUUAGCCCGACAAGCAGCGUUGCAGAAGUAGCUGCAGCCACAGGCGCCCUCCUGUCAAACAGCCCUGAUGAGGCUGCACGGGCUGACAAAAUUAUCAGGGAACAAUGCUGCGACGGACAGGUGUUGUUUCUGGUCAAAGAGGAGCCCGAGGAUUUCAUUGCGCAGCUUCAGCUGAGUUCGUUCGGAUCAAAGAUCAAAGUCAAGGCUGCUCUGAAGAUGCUCGGCAGUACUGUUGGACCCAGCCACUCGUCAGAAGCUCCCAAUGCCAGCCCUAAGUCCACACGUCAGCCCUCUGCUGAGGCAGAGACCAACCAGGGUGACGGACCUCCAAAGCCAGCUUCUCAGAAGGAGGACUUCACCAAAUGCACGGCUCAGGAGCAACAGUCUCCCGUUGUGCUUCCAACCCCAUCCCCAGUGCUGGCGAGUGGCGAGGGAGAGGAUCUGAGCAAGCUCUCCCCAGUGCCUCUAACAAUGGCUUCUCCCAGGACUCCAGCAGCCGGUGCUGAUGUUGAGCGAAACAGCAAUGCAGUUCCCGCCCAGGACAUUCAGACAGGCCUAGGAGCACAUGCUUCAGCUUCUGUCACAGCUGGUGCUGCCACUGUGGAGCAGAAGCUUUCGGACGUAAAGCCAGAGCCUAUGGAGAUUGACGUCCCCAUUGGGCCAGUUGUGCCUCCAGCGACGACGGACUCUGAGAGAGCUGGGAGCGCUGAACCCCCAGCUCAGACCGCUGUUGCUGGUGCGCAAGUGAAAGCAGAGCCUGGAGCAGACGCACCUGAGAUCAAACCGGAGUCUGUAGAAGCGCCGAAAUCAAAGGCCCAGGCCUCAACCCCCAGACAGAUGUUCAAGCAGACCAUAGAUGGGGCAAAGCAAGCCCUUGAGACAAUGAAAAUGCUGCUCAUGCAGAAAGGGAAGAGCCUGGCACCAACCAACCGCGUGAAGGCAUGGACGGAUGCGGCUGGCGAUCUGUUAAGACAGACAGCAGUCCCUUCGACAAGGAUUGGAGUUAUUGGAGACACGGGUGCGGGGAAGAGUUCCCUGAUCAAUGCUGCUCUUGGCGAAGAAAGUAUCCUUCCAACCAACGGUAUGAGGGCCUGCACCGCCACAGUCAUCAGGCUGGAGUACAACACUGCGAACCGUCUCUACGAGGGGGAGGUGCACUUUGUGGCAAGGGACGAACUCCGUGCCGAGGUGGAGCUCCUGCUGGCAGAUGCCAAGGAAGAUGGCACGUCAAUCAAGGUUGGCUCCAGGCUGAAGAAUGACAGCGCCAAGGAGCUGGCCAUUGCCAAGCUGGUGUCCAUCUGGGGCAAGGACGUCAUCCAGCGGCCCAAUCUGACAGCCGACUACCUUCUCGGCCUCCCCGGCGUCACCAGUGUCCUGGGCGCCGUCAAGCACAUCCGCAAUGCGAAAGCUAAGGACUUCUCGAAAGAGAUGAACAAGUACGUGGACUCGACGCCCUCAAACGAGAUGACCGGGGGAGCCUUCUGGCCGCUUGUCAAGGAGGCGUGCAUCCGCCACGCCUGGCCACUGCUGGAGUCCGGUGCCAUCAUUGUGGAUCUGCCCGGUGUCAGGGACGCCAAUGCUGCGAGAGCAAAGGUGGCGGAGGGCUACCUGAAGAAGUGCAACACCAUCUGGGUCGCAGCCAACAUCUGCCGUGCCGUCGAUGACGGGACUGCCAAGAAUCUGCUAGGAGACAACUUCAGGCGCCAGCUCCUGAUGGACGGGCAGUACGGGAAGCUGGCGUUCAUCUGCACCAAGGUUGAUGACAUCAACACCGGCGAGACUAUCAACACCCUCGGCGUGAGGAGGAUCUGCGAAGACAACGGCGUUAGCGAGGAGGAGUUUGACAAGCUGACCAGAGACAUCGACGAGCUGGAAGACAAGAAGUACACGGCGGAAAAGCUGAACAAGACGCACCAGGAGCGCCUCGACCGCUACAAGGAGCAGAUCGAAAGGUGGACCGAAGUCCGGGACAACCUGUCGGAGGAACUAGAGCUGGACCACGGAGUGCCGGACGAGACCGAGAGGAGCCUCCCGCACGACCUGGUGGCUGCCCUUGAGGCCGCCGAGGCGGCAGAAGCUGCAGGUGAAGCGAACACAGGCGAGGCCGACGAGGGCGACCAAUCUGAAGUCGAAGAGGACGGCGCAUCUGAAGACGAGGACGAGGACUGGAUGCCAGCCACCAAGCGGGCAAGGGUCGAUCCUGAACUGCCAACACAUGACCAGGCGUUUUUGCCCGGGGAGGCCGGCAAGCUGCAGGCCAAGCGGCGCAAGCUGAACCUGAAGCUGCGCAAGCUGCACCUCAACUUCCAGCUGUCCACCAAGGUGGUCAGAGAGACCGACGCGGAGAUCAACGUCGUCCUGGGCCCGCUGACCAGGCUGACCAAGCGCCUCAAGUACCUGUGCGUCAUCGCGCGCAACAAGUACUCCACGCACGAGCUCAAGGAGGACUUCAAGGCGGGCUUGGAGGAGAUGCAAGAGCUAGCCGGCAACAGCGGUGCACUUCAGGCGCAGGACCUUGACCUGCCCGUCUUCUGCAUCUCAUCUAAGGAGGCGCAGACCUUCUCCCGCACGGCUCGGCGCAGUGGCAGCGCGCAGGUCUUCAGCAAUGUUGAAGACACGGGCCUGCCACGGCUCCGGUCGUACCUGCACGAUAUCACUGGCAAGCAGCAGGUGGCGGGGGCCAAGCGCAUGGCCACUGCUCUCACGGGCUACUUCGCCGGCAUCUGCACUUACCUCAGCGACGACGGCACCCUGGACAGCGAGGUGCGCGAGCAGAUCCGCGAGCUGUGCGAGCGCCACACGGGGCGGCUGGACGCGGAGGUUAAGGAGAAGUUGGCAGUGUCGAGCGGCAAACUGCAGGCCAUGUUCACGACGGACGAGAUCCAGCCGCAGCUGCACGCCGGCGUCGAGGACGCAGUCAACCGGGCGGUCUCUACGGCGCGCAAGUGGGGCAACUCGGCGCGGGCGGACAACCCGGGGGACCGCGGGCUCCACUGGGCGACCUACAAGGCUGCUGUCCGACCCGGCCGCUUUGGCAUCUACACCUCCCGCACGGCUGGGCAGAUUGACAUGAACGAGGCGCUGGCGAAGCCCAUCCACAACAAAGUCUCAGUCGCCUGGGACACGGUUAUGAACAGCCGGGCCAAGGAGCAUCUGCUGGAGUACCAGACGGAGGUAUUGGGAUCUCUCGGCGACUUUUGCAAGGAACUGCGAAAGGUGUUGCUGGGCCUCGGUGUGGAAGAGCCGCGAAUCCUCCGGGUUGAGAGGACGGCGGAGGUGGACUACACCGAGAAGCUGGAGACCAAGAUCGAGGAGGUGCUGAAGUUCAUGGAGGAGCAGCAGCGGGACAUCUCCCGGGCCCUCAACCCAGAGAUCCAGGAGCGGAUGAAGGACGCCUACAUUGGCUGCACGGAAGAGCGGGGCUCAGGCUCGUUCAACCGCAUGAAGGCAAUCAUGGAGAAACACGUCGACUCGGAGCGGCAGACCAUGUUCGAGGACGCUUCCGAGAGGAUGCUGGCUGCCCUGGAGGACCUGGCUGUGCAGAUCCGGGACAUGACCGGCAAGAUCACCGAGGGCCUCACCAAGACCCUCCAGCAGCACUACGGCUGCUUCUGGGACGACCCAGUGCUCGACCUGGCCGGCCGCAACGCCGCGGCCGCGGACCUGAGCAUCAUCUGCAAGCAGGCCGACGCGGUGUGCGCAGUCGCGGGCGUUGCGCCGCAGCCGUGGUCCAUCGUGCCCCGUACAGCGCCCGAGCCAAAGCCCCGAGCGGUGCCAAAGCCGAAGGCCGAGCCCGGCAGCACUGCCACCAGCAAGUAUGCUGCCUGGAGCCUUACUCGACCCGAGGACUUCGACUCCGAUGAUGAAGAGAGCGACGAUGACGAAGAGUCGGAGGAGAACGACCCAACGACGCGGAGGCCUCCGAGCCCGGAGCUCGACGACGACGACGAAGAGGACGACGACGAAGAGGAGGAAGAGAACAAUCAUUCGCCCACGUGUCACGUGGACUUUUGCGUGGAGUGCAACGAGUGCCACCAUUGCGAAGGCUACGAUUGUGACGGCAACGAUUACGAAGAUGACGAACUCAACGAGGACGAAGACGAGGAGGAUGAAGACGAGGAUCAAUCGAUUUACUGAACCUGUAUCACAAGCACCGUUGGUCGAGUCCUUAGAGUUGUCAAUAUGUUUAAGAUUGUACUUCAUAGGUCUCUGGAUUUGACAUGGUACAAUACAUAAAGCAGGGCCCUAUAAAUAGCUAGGACAAGCAGACGUGGUGUGUGCGUUAGCUGCUUCGUGUCAUGGGUUGUAUGACACUUCUUGUGUAUGGUAGGGAGC